AUGGCUUUAGAAGAUGUCGACUCCCAGCGGCAGCAGUCAGAAACGAAGGCAGAUGACUCAGUCGAAGUCGAUGUCACCGAUGAGCUGGACUUUGUUGCUUAUUAUGAGCAGGCUAGUGGUCGUUUAGUAGUUGACCCCGAACAAGCGAAGGUCGAGUUUGGGGAGUUCUCUGGCCUCAGCCCGCCAACGACCCGAACGAUCCGCAAAACGCUCUGGACCGAUUUCCGCAAGACUAUGCACUUGAUCAUCAUUACAAUGUCUGCAGUCAUACCUGACUUCGACUCUGGAAUUGGAAUCGCGUCAAUAUUUGGGCUCGCUCAAACUUAUGAUACGACCUCAGGUGUCAUCAAUGAUCUAACAUCAAACUUGUUGAAGCUGGAGCAUCUUCCUUCUGGUCUAGGUUGGGGAGGCAUCUUCUGGGUCAUGCUCAUGAGACGCUACGGUCGGCUGCCAGUGCUCUUCUGGAGUCAGCUUUUUGCGCUUGCAUUCUUGAUUGGCGCCACAUUGGCACCGAAUCUAGCCACCUUUGCAGGUAUUCACACAACGUGUCCCCAGGUGACAGGUCUUUAUGUCGUGACGGAUAUCUUCCCCUUCCAUCUUCAAGCACGGAAGUUGAACAUCUGGACUUCCGGUUUUGUUAUAUCUCCUUUCCUAUCACCAUUUGUAUUUGGCUUUCUUGUGGCGCGUGUGAGCUGGAGGUGGGCCUAUGGUAUAGGAUCUAUCUACAGCGCCAUCGUAUUGUUUCUUAUUGCGUUUUUCAUGGAAGAAACUAUGUACGAUCGUCGCCUCAUAUCGAAGCCACCGCGAACUUCCACAGGAUUGCGAUAUCGAUUUGAAACUUUGAUAGGUGUCACUGGGUACAUGAUGGCGGAAUACAGAUCACGAUGGUCGGAGGUUCUAUUUGCAUCUUUGGAUGUCGCUUGGCGUCCUCAGUUUUUCUUCGUAGUUCUCUUUGAGGCAUUGGUUUUCGGGUUCUCGAUCGGUGUAAAUACGACAAAUGUUGUCUUCAUGGGAUCUCCUCCUCCCGUCGGAUUUGGCUUCAGUCAAUAUGCCGUUGCUGGAGCGUAUGCGACUCCAAUUGCAAGUUUUUUUCCCAUCUACGAAGUUGCUGUCCUUUUUGGCGAGUUCAUUGGACGUCACGUGAAUGACUUCAUCAUGAAUCUGAAUAUUCGCAAAAAUGGUGGCUUCUUCGAGGCUGAGAGCCGCUUGUGGACCUGUUAUUUAGCCAUGCCGCUUUAUAUCUGUGGCUUUUUGACACUGGGUGCUGGGAUACAAAAUCUCAGCGAAGCCGCUCUCAUCAUGGGCUGGGGCAUUGCAUUUGUUGCAAUCACCCUCAACACUGUUGCAGUGUAUGCAUACUGCAGUGACUGCUUCCCUCGCAGGGCGGGCGAAGUCAGUGCCCUCUUAAACUUUGCAAGAUCAGUGGGUGGUUUUGCAGUCGCAUAUUUCCAAGUCCCAUGGGCUACAAAAUCUGGAGCAUUGACGGUAUUUGGUGUUGAAGCAGCGCAAGUGAUAUUGCUCGACACACUUGAAGCGCCUGACGUUUUUUAA